AUGUCGAUUCCUAUCAACGAGCAGUACGGUCAUAUCGAGCUCAGCCAAGCUCAAUUCCCGUCCAGGGAUCGCCUCGUUAGGAAUAUGGCACAGUGGAGCGAAGCGCUCCAUGGCAGUGGCCGCUGUAUGUAUCAGAUUCCCCUUACGACCAAUCGCUUGCUCGAGGUAAUGAUGGUCCAUGUACGCCAUGUUGAGUUCAAAUUACGACGCAUCGCAGAUUCUACCUACUGGUGGCAAUCCUCAGAAACGGAGACCCACCGGAUCGGCGAUGUUCUUGACAUGUUACUAAACGAGCUUGACGACCAGCUCGUCGGACUACUUGCUGGAAUUGGCAACUGUGCAGGCGUUCUCGAACAAGCUUCGCAGGCGAGUUUGGAGACAGAGGUCGACGCCAAGAAAGGUCGUCACGAAGUCGACGAGCUACUACAGCGGAAACACGAGGUUUUCAGGAGUCAUGAACCCGAUCCAGCUCUUUUCCAUCACACUGAGACGACACCCAGAAGGCCCAAAAGAACACUCUCCUUCGGUCGUUUGUUGAAUUAUCGAGCUGGCUUGGAACAGCUGCUGGAACAGUUGCAGGGAGUCCUGAGGCGGCUGAGUCGCUCGAGUGGCAGAAUAGAACUUGCUCGCACUUCCGAGAAGGAUCGAUCUGUACUGCAACUCAAGAAGGGUAACUUCGACGCACCACCGGUGUUGUAA